AUGGAUAACCUUUUGGAACGGUUCGACAAACAAAGAUCAAAUGCCAAUGCUCGCGAUAGACCAAGAUUAACUAUAAACCAUGAAAAAUCCAAAAUAUUUGAUGUACCUUACUUAGAUAGGGUAUAUGACACUCAAUAUUUCCCAUUGUAUCAAUAUCGCUUAGAGGAAUUUCGCAAACGUGUAACUUUGAAUUGUCAAGAGAAAUGGGAUGAUGGCUUCCAGAUUCAAGGUAAGACCGUGGUUCAAAAGAAGAAAGUAUUAGAUAUUCAGGCAACUGAGCCUAGUUGGUGUGUUGGAACCAUUUACUGCGAAAUGAAAUACAAACCUAAUAUCUUAGAAGAAGUUAUUAAUGAUACCUACGGCGUUACAGGUGUGGUGAAAAGUUAUACCGACAUACAGGGAAGCGAUGAGGUCAUGUUGGAGGAUGAGAGUGGACGUAUUCUUCUAAUAGGUGAUCUAAUAAAGAACACUAUAUUUGUAACUGGAAUUGUUGUUGGUGUCUUAGGUAUGGAAGCAGAAGCUGGGACUUUUCAGGUAUUAGAUAUAUGCUAUCCGAAGUCGAUUCCACAAGCUCCGUUAUCAAAUGUUAAUGGAAAGAAGGUUGCUUUUAUUUCGGGUUUGAAUAUGACACCACAUGAUCCAAAGUUAUCAUUAAGAAUCAAGGUACUGCAAGAUAUGUUGUCUGGUGAUAUUGGGCAUUUCGACAAGAUGGCUGACGUUGCUAGAUUGAUCUUAUGUGGCAACUCUUUGAGCUACAAUAUCGAUCAUAAAGACUUACUGGGUGCUUUGGAUGAGUUUGGUGGUUUCUUAGUAAACGUUUUGAAGAGUUUACCAAUUACAAUGUUACCUGGUGCUUCUGAUCCUACUGAGAUUAGUCUACCUCAACAGCCUCUCAACAAAGCUCUGUUUAAGCCGUCUUUGAAGCCAUAUUUUGCGGAGAUUAAUGAUGACUUAUUUGAACCUGUUACAAACCCCUAUUGGUUUGAUAUUGAAGGAACACAAAUUUUGGCAACUAGCGGCCAAAAUAUUGACGAUAUUUGCAAAUACAUUAUUCCAUAUUACGAAGGUUCAGAUAAAAAUGAUGCUAUUGAACAUCGCUUGAAUUUAAUGGAAGCCACUUUGAAAUGGCAAAAUAUUGCACCAACUGCUCCAGAUACAUUAUGGUCCUUUCCAUUUAAGGAUAGAGAUCCAUUCAUUCUAAAAGAAUGGCCACAUGUAUAUAUUGUCGGCAAUCAGCCUGAAUUCGGACACAGAAAAGUCACUCUGGAGAACAGCAUAACUGUGCAUAUAAUUUCAUUACCUGCAUUCAGUGAAACUGGCCAAUUUCUAGUACUAGAUUUGGGAACGUUAGAGUCGGAGACCAUUACAAUCGAAGUUGAGAAUAUUUAG